AUGAAGCACGAGGAUGUAGAGGUGGAUGUAUCAUUGGUCAAUGUGAAAGUUGAAAAUGGUGAACCAGGACCAAACUGUGGCCAGCUGCUGUUGCACACUUCUCCUGAAGCUCAAAACAAAGAUGAGGAAGGGACUGAAAGUUUACGCUCAGACUCCAGUAAAACUGCAGAUCCGCAGCCAAUGAGACGACACGGUGACCACGAAGAUGCUGCUGUCCCGUCAGACAGCAACUGUAAAUCAAAGCUGACCAGGACCCACAUGGGGAAGAAGGUAUUUUCUUGCAGCACUUGCAGGAAAGAGUUCAGUAAAAGUUGUAAUUUAAUGGCUCACAUGAAGAUCCACACUGACGAAAGGCCAUACCUGUGCAACACCUGCGGAAAAUCGUUUACUAAAUCAUCAGAUCUUAAACGCCACAUAACCACGCACACGGGCGACAAGCCCUACAUCUGCAAAACAUGUGGUAAAAGUUACAGGCUACGUUCCCACCUGCUGGUUCACUCAAGGAUCCACACGGGCGAGAAGCCGUACCUGUGCAACACCUGCGGAAAAACCUUUACUCAAUUAUCAGCUCUUAAAAGCCACAUAACCACGCACACGGGCGAGAAGCCCUACAUGUGCAAAACAUGUGGUAAAAGUUACAGGCUACGUUCCCACCUGCUGGUUCACUCGAGGAUCCACACGGGCGAGAAACCGUACCUGUGCAACACCUGCGGAAAAACCUUUACUCAAUUAUCAGCUCUUAAGAGCCACAUAACCACGCACACGGGUGAGAAGCCCUACAUCUGCAAAACAUGUGGAAAAAGUUACAAGCAACUUUCCCACCUAGUGGUUCACUCGAGGACCCACACCGGUGAAAGGCCGUACGUGUGCAACACCUGCAGCAAAACCUUUACUAGAUCAUCAUCUCUUAAAAGCCACAUAACCACGCACACAGGCGAGAAGUGAUAUUUGUGCAAGACGUGCAACAAAAGUUUUAGCCGCAGAAUUGGUUUGCUAAGUCGCAUGAAAAAUCACCUGGAGGAGAAGUCUGGUGACUCGUGACAAAUGAAGCUCCUGUUGUCGUCCUCCGGGGACAGCUGUCCACUCCUGUCUGACCCACAGAAGAAGAACCUGCUGAAGUCCAACCACCACCUCUUGUGGCUGAUGAGCCUAAUCCCCUCCCCACAAGGGUUGCAGGUUUAACCCGGAUUUAUGCUUCUCCCUCAACUUGACGCAGAGGGAACGAUGUGGUUGUGUACUUUUUUUAAAGUU